AUGGCUCUGACUGCCUUGAUUGGCUUGUAUGCCUGGUAUCAGGACAUGAACAUCACAUAUAUUUGCUUGUGGGGUGCGGCCAGCCUAUUCCAGGGUGUCAUGACUUGCAUCUCGAGCUUGCUCCCCGCGAUCACAGGAGUUCUGACGUUUGACAUUUUCAAUUUGAUUCUGCUGAUCAGUGUCCCUGUGGUGUACUUUCUGGCAGCGGCAUUUGCCUGGCAUUUGUACAACGACUACGCAGAGGAUCACGGGAAAAAGGCCUACGCGUUUGACCCAUUCGGAAAGUACGCUGCGAAGUACGACCCUCUCGAGAAAGUCCCAAUUUCGGACAGCAUGCUGGACUGGGCCUUGGGGAGGGCAGAUUUGGAUCGUUGCUGGAAUGAUGGUGUCUAUUGUUUUUUUUUGGUGGGAGAGGGCGGGCGCGUUACAAAAGGGGUUAUGGGUUUUAGAGGGAGACCCACAACAGGGAAUACCGAGAGGCUGGCGAUUGAUUUGGAGUUCUAG